CUUCUUGGUCUUAUUUUUAUUAAAUUUAUAUCCAGAAUAAAUUCCAUAUCCAGUUUUUCUCCUGUAUUUCAUACAUUGUUUUUUGGAGAGGUAUUGAUAAUAUGUCAAAACAUUUGUAAUAUGUUGCUGUCAAGCCAUCAGACCCAGGAACUUUUAUCUUUUUUGAACUUUCUAAAGUGUUGAUUUCUUGUAUUGUUAUCACUUGAUUUAGUGUUUUUCUGUGCUUGGAGGUAAAUCUUUUAAAUGGUGUUCCAGAUAUUUUCCCAUUUCUUCAUAGAUGAAUUCAAGAUUCAAGAAAAAAAAAGUGAAUUUUGUUUUAGAUUUCACAUUUUCCCCCCUGCAAACCUUGAACCUUUUUUCAGGUUUGUAGAAUGAUCUGUCUUGCCCUUUGCUCCAGAGAAUCAAGCAUUCGGAUAUUUGGCUGACUUUGCUAUUAGAAUAUAAGAUACUAUACUACAGUGAUAGGUCAGUAUCUUUUCCUGGAAAAGCUGGUUUGCGAGCACUUUUCAAUGGCCACGUUGUCCUCAAAUGCAGCACUUUGCUUGUUCAGAACUGAAUUCACUUGUGUGGGGGGCAGGGAGAUGGGAUCUGAACUUGCCUUGGUCAUCCCAAAAAAGAGAAGCGCCGUUCUCCUUCAAAAGUUUAUGGCCCACUUUGCCCCACAUAGCGUAAUGGGAAGCCUCGAGAGAGCACGCACGACGGCAUCAUUUCAGGAUUUAUUUCUGGAAGAGCGGUAUGAGAAAAACGUGUUUUUUGUGCAUCAGACAGGAAGGGUUUGGCUUUGCAUACGUGGCACCCCUCAGCGGUGCCUAUCAGUUGUAACCGCCGUCCUACUGGAGACAGCCUCACUCAACUGAGGUUCCGCGCGCCAGCGGCUGCGAGGCGGCCUCGUGACUUCGGGCCGAAACAUUCGGACAAGGUUGAGAGGCAGAGAGCUGGGAAGAACCCUGGCGACUGCGGCUCGGAAACGCCGGCCACGAAAAGUUGGCUCUGCCCCGCCCCUUUCAGUCACUCGUCACGUGACCAGUGUUCUCCCCGCUGUUUGCCGUUAGGCGCCUUCUUCCGGGAACCGGCCGGAUUGUGAGAGAGCCGUGGGAGGGCGGGCGAGUCACGCUUCAGGCGAACGGCGGCGACGGGAACGCGAAAGUAGCGGCAUGUCAACCAACAACAUCGGUUACAAUGAGCAGGUCGGGGACCUGCAGCCCGAGGUGGGUCAGGAGGCGGUGCCCACUACAGCCCCCUCCAUCCCGGCGGCCUUUGGUCUUUUCAGCAGCGACACCAAAAAAAACGAAGAUCUGAAACAAAUGUUGGAAAGCAGUAAAGAUUCUUCUAAGCUAGAUGCUAUGAAGAGGAUAGUUGGGUUGAUUGCCAGAGGAAAAAAUGCAUCUGAAUUGUUUCCAGCUGUAGUGAAGAAUGUAGCAAGCAAAAAUAUUGAGAUUAAAAAACUGGUGUAUGUGUAUCUUAUGCGCUAUGCAGAGGAGCAGCAGGACCUGGCACUGCUAUCAAUUAGCACCUUUCAGCGUGCUUUGAAAGAUCCUAAUCAGUUAAUCCGUGCAAGUGCUUUGAGAGUCUUAUCCAGUAUCAGAGUUCCAAUUAUUGUUCCAAUAAUGAUGCUUGCUAUCAAAGAAGCAUCAGUUGAUUUAUCACCUUACGUUAGAAAAAAUGCCGCCCAUGCAAUUCAGAAGCUUUACAGCCUUGAUCCUGAGCAAAAGGAAAUGUUAAUUGAAGUGAUAGAAAAGCUUCUGAAAGACAAGAGCACACUUGUAGCAGGAAGUGUUGUGAUGGCAUUUGAGGAAGUCUGCCCAGACAGAAUAGACCUGAUUCAUAAGAACUAUCGAAAACUAUGUAAUCUGUUGGUUGACGUGGAGGAAUGGGGACAAGUUGUCAUUAUCCAUAUGCUGACUCGAUAUGCACGCACUCAGUUUGUGAGUCCUUGGAAAGAGGAUGAUGUUCAGGAAGAAUAUAGUGGAAAGAACUUCUAUGAAUCUGAUGAGGUGCAGCAAGAGAAAAAUCAAAAAGGGAACAUAUCCUAUUCCAUGGAUCCAGACCACAGAUUAUUGAUUCGAAACACAAAGCCUUUACUGCAAAGCCGGAAUGCUGCUGUGGUGAUGGCAGUUGCUCAACUUUAUUGGCAUGUGGCACCCAUAUCUGAGGCUGGUAUUGUUGCUAAAUCAUUAGUACGCUUACUUCGCAGUAACAGGGAGGUGCAGUACAUUGUUCUCCAGAAUAUAGCAACAAUGUCAAUCCAACGCAAGGGUUUGUUUGAACCUUACUUGAAGAGUUUUUAUGUUAGGUCAACUGAUCCAACUAUGAUCAAGACUUUAAAGCUCGAAAUCUUGACCAGCUUGGCAAAUGAAGCCAACAUAUCUACUCUUCUCAGAGAAUUUCAGACUUAUGUGAAGAGCCAAGAUAAGCUGUUUGCUGCAGCUACAAUUCAGGCAAUAGGUAGAUGUGCAACCAACAUCUUAGAAGUGACUGACACAUGCCUUAACGGCCUGGUGUGUUUGCUGUCUAACAGAGAUGAAAUAGUGGUUGCUGAAAGUGUUGUUGUCAUUAAGAAACUGUUGCAGACACAGCCAGCACACCAUGGUGAAAUUAUUAAACGCAUGGCCAAACUCUUGGAUAGUAUUACUGUUCCUGUGGCAAGGGCUAGCAUCCUCUGGCUUACUGGAGAAUAUUGUGAACGAGUUCAAAAAAUAGCCCCAGAUGUUCUAAGAAAAAUGGCCAAGAGCUUCACUGCUGAAGAUGAUCUUGUAAAGUUGCAAAUUUUGAAUCUUGGAGCUAAAUUGUAUUUAACCAAUUCAAAACAGACAAAAUUGCUUACCCAGUACAUAUUAAAUCUCGGAAAGUAUGAUCAAAGCUACGACAUCAGAGACCGUACAAGAUUUAUUAGGCAGCUUAUUGUUCCAAACGAGAAGAGUAGAGCUUUAAGCAAAUAUGCAAAAAAAAUAUUUCUGGCGCAGAAACCUGCCCCUCUACUCGAGUCACCUUUUAAAGACAGGGAGCACUUCCAGCUUGGUACUUUAUCUCAUACUUUGAACAUGAAAGCCAGUGGCUAUCUGCAGUUGUCUAAUUGGCCAGAGAUUGCACCCGACCCUUCUGUAAGAAAUGUAGAAGUAAUUGAGUCGACAAAAGAGUGGACUUCAAUUCUAGGGAAGGUAAAGAAAGAAAAACCCACUGAAAAGUUCUACUCUGAGUCAGAAGAAGAAAGUGAUGACUCUUCAAGCAGUAGUGAUAGUGAGAGUGAAUCUGAUAGUGAGCAAGAAAAAAAGGAAGUAGGAGAAAGCAGCAGUGCGGACAGCAGUGGGAGUUCUUCUAGUGAAGAUGAGAGUGAUAUGCUAUCCAAGUCCAAAAAGGGGGCUGCUAGGCGAGGGACUGCUGUUACAAAAAGUGAUUCUGAGGGCACAGAAGGAAUGAAAUCUAAAAAAGUACUGAGUUCUUCAAACUCAGAAUCUAGCUCAGAUGAGGAAAGUUCAUCAAACUCCAGCUCACCAACAGACUCCGAGAGCGAGUCUGAGUUAAGAAAAUCAGCAACUACUUCUCUUCCUUCCAAGAAGGAAAAGAAAACGUUGCAGGAGAAGAGAGGUCCACCUAAAGAAGUGUCGCUGCUAGACUUGGAUGACUUUAAUCCUGUAUCAGCUCCUGUAACACUUUCCAGUGUGACUCUUCUCUCUCCUACUUCAGUUACUGAUCUUGAAGGCUUAAGUUUGUCAGGUACUUCAGUCAUUGAUAUCAUCACUCCAGUCUUUGUGCCAACAAAAACUCAUGAACUACUACACCGAAUGAGUGGGAAAGGAUUAGCAGCUCAUUAUCACUUUUCAAGACAGCCAUGCAUUUAUGGUGAUAAAAUGGUAUCUGUCCAAAUAACAUUAUCUAACACUACUGAACAGAAGAUAGAGAAUAUCCAUGUAGGUGAGAAGAUGCUGCCUAGUGACAUGAGAAUGCAUCUGUUUAAUUCAAUAGAAUCUCUUGAGCCUGGGGAAUCUAUUACAACCUCAAUGGGUAUUGACUUCUGUGACUCUACACAAGCUGCCAAUUUCCAGUUGUGUACAAAGGAUGACCAGUUCAGUGUUAAUAUUCAGCCUCCUGUUGGAGAGUUACUUUUACCAGUCACUAUGUCAGAAAAAGACUUUGAAAGAGAAAAAGGAAGGCUGACUGGCAUGAAUGAAACAUCUAUCACGGUGACUGUUGCACCACAGAACUCCACUCGUCUUGUAAUAUUGCAAAAGGUGAUAAACAUAGCAAACCUUGGUGUCGUUCCUUCUGGUGAAGAUAACAUACACAGGUUUGCAGCUAAAACUGUGCAUAGUGGGUCACUGAUGCUAGUCACAGUGGAGCUAAAGGAAGGGUCUACAGCACAGCUCAUCAUAAACACUGAGAAAACGGUGAUUGGCUCUAUUCUGCUGCGGGAGCUGAAGCCUGUCCUGUCCCAGGGGUAACCUGCUUACAUCUGGACUUCAGAAUCUGGCACAAACAAAAGUGCCUGGCAUCCUCUACUGCUGCCUUUCAUUUAUAAUAAUAGCCUUUCCAUCUGGCAGUGGGGGAAGAAUACACUCUUGACAUUCUUGUCUCCUGUUUUAGAAUGCUUUAGUGUGUAUCUAUUACACAAGCAAGUACUUUGCAUCUUUUUUUCCUGCUUUCUAACCAAAGAACAUACAUUUUACUGUCAGCUAAAUUCUUUAAUGUUAUAACAAGGGUUUCUCCCCUCCCCCCAUCUUGGUGCUCUGCUGUGUUCUCUUCCAUUUUUCCUGUGUUUUUCCUGUGUUUUUUGCCUGUGUGCAAAGGAAGAGACUGAGUAAGAAAAUGACAGCAGUAAGCUAAUAUUUGAAUAAAUCAACGUGAAAGGGUAUUCAAUAUUAGAUAAUAUUAAGAAAAGUAAAAUGUUGUAAUUAUGACCCAAAUAAUAUGUGAUUUUGUACCUGAGCAUAUAUUGGUGUCUAAUUGUUUUCCACAGCUGCCAGAAAUUCCAUUUUCUAAAAACUGAAACCCAAAUAAAGUCAUGUUACAGUAAA